CCCCGCAGACUGCAGACUUUUUAUCGGCCGAUAGUUUAGUCGGGUUGGGCUGAAAGUGCGCACACCGAGCCAACUAAACAGUUUGGUUGGUGAACAGGGCGCAGACUAUCCAACAGUCGGCCGACUAUUCUCGAACUAGUUUGUAACGGACUGUUGAAGCGGUCACACAAUAUGAAAAUGUUGUCCAGAAAAAUUAUUGCUCUCAUCAUACUCCGGAGGAGGAUAAUCAAGAAGAGAUUGCGAGAGCAUUGGGUGCAUCCCAUUCUCAGUGACAGAUUAGUUAGUGGAAAAUUUUACACUAUGCAUUCCAAAUUACUUGAUUACCCGAAAAAAUUUUUCGCCUAUUAUCGAAUGAGCAUUACCAGCUUCAAUGAACUUGUCAAGCUAAUUGGACCAGCAAUAGCGAAGGAGGAUACAAAUUUAAGACUUUCUAUACCUGUGGAGGAGAGAUUGAGCGUUACGAUAAGAUAUCUGGCUACAGGAGCUAGUUUCAAUACAUUAUCUUUUGAUUAUCUGAUGGGAGCUUCUACAAUACGAGAUAUUACUAAAACUACAUGUGAGCAAAUAUGGAAUAUACUUCAACCAUUGUAUAUGUCAACCAAAGAAGAAGGCGACUGGAUUAAAAUCGCAGACGAAUUCUAUAGUCGCACAAACUUUCCAAACAUCAUUGGAGCAAUUGAUGGCAAACAUAUACGGAUGAUACAGCCAGAACAUUCCGGUUCAUCAUAUUUUAACUACAAAAAGUUUUUUUCGUGCGUGUUAAUGGCUUGGACAGACGCAGAUUAUAAAUUUGUAUAUAUAGACGUUGGUUCUUAUGGAACAGCUAGUGAUUCGGAAAUAUUUAAAUCAUCAGAAAUGGGUAAACGGCUGUCCCAAAACCGAUUAAAUAUUCCCUCCGGAAGGCAAUUGCCUAAUGAUAAUGUCGGAGAUGUUAUUCCAUUCUCUGUCGUAGGGGAUGAAGCGUUUGGACUUGGCAAUCAUAUACUACGUCCUUAUGCAAAAAGAAAUUUAAACUACACCAAACGAAUUUUCAACUAUAGACAUACAAGAGCUCGACGAAUGGUUGAGUGUACUUUUGGGAUUCUUGCUAACAAAUGGCGUAUAUUUCACCGACCAAUGGAUGUCAAUAUCAAUUUUUGUGUCAAAAUAAUUAAAGCUUGCUGUGUCCUGCAUAAUUAUGUAAGAAUCAAAGAUGGAAUAAAUUUCACAGAAACUCUCUACAAUUGUCCCAUGAAUAACUUAACUAUAAAUGAAGACAACCGAGGAAGAAAUAAUAUGAAUAACGUGCGACAGUACAUGUCGUCAUACUUUAUUUCUCCCGGAGGCGCGAUUCCAUGUCAAUAUAACAAAGUGUAAUAAUUGUAAAUAGAUAAAUAAAUAAAUAAAUAAAAAUUCACAUAAGUA